AUGGAUUCAUCCGAAGCUUUGGUACCAGAAUCUAGCUGCUCAACUGGUACCGGGCUGUCGUCCGAUCCUGCAGGCUUGCAUUCAUUUACGCCCUCGUCGUCUGCCCAACCGGUGUCCACCAGCUUGGACUCGAAGUCUUACGCAGAAACCAGUCCAUCAUUUUUAGUUCAGAACGGCCAGCUGCCAGUCUCUCCUUUGCAUCAGGAUACACCCGUCAACGCAACCAUCCCUAUACCGCCACCCAAUUCUGCUCAGACAUUGAAUAUGACCUCUCUUUCUCCCGCAAAACACGUUCUGCUAUCGAGCCGUUCACAUAUCGAUCGUUUUGACGUUGGGCUCAUUGGUGUGCAGGGAGCGCAGGAUCUAGUAUUAGACCUCAACGCGCAUCGUUCGGCUGUUACCAAACUCAACCUUUCUCACAAUUGCUUGGGCGAUGCCGGUAUUGCGCACCUCUUCGUUUUUCUUUCCUCUCCAGAUGGCCUCAGGCACCGCAGAUCGAUAUCCGAGCUCAGCCUCAACAGUAAUAGCAUUGGGAAUGAAGGCUUUCGCUAUCUUGCGGAAUACAUACGCAGUAGUGACGCCUUGAGAACAAUAUGGGCGCAGAACAAUGAACUGACUUCCGACACGGAGACUCUUACCAUCCUUGCCAAUGCUCUGAACAAUUCUCGAGUGAAUCUCUUCUCACUCACUGGAAACAAGGAUCUAGGGGACAUGUUUAUUGAACAGUUCCUUCCGUUGCUUCACACACCUUAUCUAAAAGAAUUGCACCUAAAUACGUUGAGAAUUACACAGGAUAGCGCGCCUGUCAUUGCGGAAUGGAUCACCUCAAGGAAGGCAGGGGGAGAUCGGAGGUGUAUGCUAGAAACCUUCAAGUGCAACGGCAACAGCUUAGGGCUGAAGGGCGUGAGGCAGAUUGUGCAAGCCAUUGAGAAGGGAAAUUGGGGUCUCACGAAGGUGGAGAUGUAUGCGAACCAACUUGGAGAACUUGAGGAAACCGAUGAAAACGAUAUCGUACCAGAAACACCGAUGUCAAAUAGAUCAGCUCGCAUCGACGCUGCGUGGAAGGAAACAGAGGUCGCUCUUCGCAGAGUGCUCCUACGGAAUACGCAUUGGAAGCGGCAAACAGAAAAGGAAGCGCUGAGUCUCUUAAGGUAUUCCAGAGCUCUUCUUCUGCGCACCAAGACACCUCAACCUACUCCAAGGGGCCCGACUCCAGUUUCCUUCCAAACCUUGCCUAUGGAGCUCCAACUUCAUAUUAUCGCCCUCUUUGCUCCAACGCUCUCAGCCGCUCAGCGCAGUCGAGUGUACAACUAUGCCGCCGAUGUAUCCACACUUCCACCCCUCCUGCCAUCUCUCCGGCGUGGGACGGGUAAAAGUUGCCUAGCGGAUCCUACAAGCUUCCUCGGGGUAGAUGUGGGAUUUGAAGUCCUUGGCGGUGGCAGUGGAAGAUGUGCAGAGGGCAAGUGCAUGGGAGUAGGGAACAGUUUGUUAUGCAGAAGAGAGGAAGAACGAGUGAAGUGGUUAGAGGUAGUGGGAUGCAGUACUUACGAUCCAGAUACAGAAGAAUAG